AUGACUUCGUCGUCACGGAAGCGGUUGUCCGCCAGCGUAUCGAGUGUCAUGUACACCAAUGCCGUCUACUUUCCGAACUCCAAGAUAUACAGCGGCGCCACGCCCGGUAUGAUGAACUACAGCUGUAUAAAUCACGUGUAUUACGCUUUUGCCAAUGUCGCGGCGGACGGGUCUGUCUUUCUGAGCGAUGAGUGGGCAGACGCACAAGCUCCGUGUGACGGCGUCCACGGCGGGCUGGGUUCCCUGAUGCACCUCAAGCAGGCCCAUCCGCAUCUGCGCGUGAUCUUGUCCAUCGGCGGCGGCUCAUCCAGCGACACGUUCCCCGUAGUUGCGUCCGACACGUUACUACGAGACAACUUUGCACGGUCAGCACGAGGACUGGUGGAGGCGUCCGGUCUAGACGGCAUUGACAUCGACUGGGAAUACCCUAUGGAUCUCCAGCAGGGCGCCGACUUCAUUGCGCUCCUUGCCAGCGUCCGAAUUCAUCUUCCCGAAGAUGAGUUCAUCGUCACAGCCGCCCUGCCAUCUGUUCUGCCCGUCCUUCAGAACAUCGACAUCGCACAGGCCGCCCCGUACGUAGACUUUGUUAAUCUGAAAGCGUACGACUUCUUUGGCCACUGGACGCAACGGAGCGGACACCACGCGCAGCUAUACUCGAUGCAGAAGGACGAGGCCUCGGGCUCCUCUGGCGUGUCGUACCUGGUGGCUCACGGCUGCCCACCGAAGAAGAUCCUACUGGGCAUUCCCGUCUAUGGGCGCAGUUUCCUAGGGGUCAGCGGGCCGGGCCAUCGCCACAGGGGCGCCGGAGGGGACGACGGGUCGUUCGAGUACAGCCAGCUCCCGCGGAAGAACGCGAAGGAGUUGGUGGACAAGCGGCUAGGUGCGGCCGGGUGUGUGGGCGGCGACGGGGGCUUCGUGAGCUACGACACGCCCGAGACGGUCAAGAUCAAGGCGGCGUAUUGCAAGGAGAAGGGCUUAGGUGGAUUGUUCUACUGGACGGGCCCUGCGGAUUCUCGUGACAAGGCGCGAAGUCUAAUCGCGGCAGGUUUCCGCGCGUUGCACAGUUCGUGA